AUGGAUAAACUGGAUGCUGAGUCCCAAACAAAAUGGGAGGAAUCUGUUGAUUAUACACAGCUGUCCUCAUGGGAAAAUUGUUCAGAAAUACUAUCAAGGCGAUGUCAAACGUUAGAAGCACGGGAAACAAAGAUUUCUCAUACCGAUUUGAAGCAGACUAUAAAGGAUGUCCAUCGGGACUCCAAGCCAAAGACAUUCUUCGGUAAGCGUAAUACGUCAACGGCACUGGCUAUUGAGCAUACAUCUUGCAGCAUUUGUCACAAAGGUGGUCAUGAGGUAGUGACUUGCCCGAGAUUCACGCGAAUGAGCUCUCAAGAGCGCUACUCUGCGGCACGUGCCGCCAAGCUAUGUCUGGUAUGUUUGAGAAAGGGUCAUUGGCUAAAGCAAUGUAGCGCUGCGAAAUGCACAACAUGCAAUCAUUCACACCACAUAUUGCUUCAUAGGCAAGACGACACAGGACCCGUCUCGAAUGAAGUCAGCGCGUUGGAGAAUAAGGAAAGCAGCUCAUCAACUAAAAAAGUAGCACUAUAUACGAGUUCCAGUACCGCAGUUGUGCAAGAAGUUUUCUUGGAAACUGCAGUUAUACUGGUGAAAGAUACGGGUGGACGUUAUCAUCCGGUGCGUGCCAUUUUAGAUUCAGCGUCGCAAAUUAACCUUAUGUGCGACUAUUUGGCGCAGAUGUUAAGGCUGCCAAAGGCGACAUGCCUGCUUGAACUUAAUGGCGUUAGUGGAGUACGAACGAGCAUAACAAAAAAGGCUCAUACAGUGAUAAAGUCACGCGUCAACAACUACGAAGUAGCAUUGCAAUUUUAUAUAUUGCCAAAGAUCACAUCAAGAAAACCUGAUCAAUAUGUCAACGUCUCCACCUGGAAUAUUCCCAAGAAUGUUGAGCUUGCGGAUCCACGCUUUAAUACUCCGGCACGGGUGGAUAUGUUGCUAGGUGCAGAAAUAUUUCUGGAGUUGCUGUGCGUAGGUCAAAUAAAGCUGUUGAACGGUGUACCUCGAUUGCAAAAAACGGUAUUUGGCUGGGUAGUGUCCGGUAGCACACAGAUAGUCGAAGGUGAUCGCGUGAGGGCUCAAAGCCUUGUAAGCGACGUAGUCGUAACGGAACAGCAAGACGAAAAACUUAACAGCUUGGUGGAGCGAUUCUGGGAGAUGGAGCAACUAUCGACGAAGUCUACGUUCUUAACUGACGAGGAAGCAGAGUGCGAGCGCAUAUUUCGCGAGAGCGUGCGCAGAGAUGACAGCGGAAAAUUCGUCGUAAAAAUACCAUUUAAGAACAACGUUGAUAAACUUGGAGAUUCGUUUUACACAGCUGAGCGGCGGUUUCUGGCAUUGGAAAGGCGGCUUAAUAAAGAUUCAGACACCAAAAAAGCAUAUGCUGACUUUAUUGAGGAGUAUAUAAAACUCGGGCAUAUGGCAAAGGUAGCGGCAGCAGACCUUGAGCAGCUGAAGUAUUUUUCGCCUCAUCAACAUGUGUUACGCCCGGAGUCCACGAGUACAAAACUUCGAGUAGUUUUUGAUUGUAGUUGCAAAACUAGUAGCGGGUUGUCGCUCAAUGACGUAAUGAUGAAAGGGCCAGUUGUACAAGAUGAUUUGUUGUCGAUAGUGCUGCGAUUUCGGUGCUUCAAAUUUGCGCUUACAGCUGACGUAACAAAAAUGUACAGACAAGCAUGGGUUACUGCCGAAGACUGCAACUAUCAAGCGAUUUUGUGGAGAAACUCCAGCGAUGAAAGGCUUGCAGCAUAUCGACUGCUGACGAUAACUUAUGGGACAACGGCAGCGCCUUUUCUAGCAACUCGUUGCCUGCAGCAGUUGGGUGAAGAUGGUACGAAGCACUUUCCAUUGUGA